GUGUGUGUGAUGUAUGUAAUAAUAACGCCUUCAAUGACGUCCAAAUAAUAUUGGAUUGUUAGCUGUCAGUUUGUCAUAUAUAACUAACUAAACAAUCGGAUUAAUAAAAAUACACUAAUAAUAAGUAAACAUUAUGUCUACAAUAAAUCGCCGCAUUAAAGUUAAAUUUCGCAAUGCCGAACCAGAAAUAACAACUUUUAAAAAGCAAGACAGUAUUUUAAAAUGUAUUCGAAGCAGCAGCAAUUUCAAUCCCGAUCACGAUCUCGACCCGGAUCGAGGAGUAAAUGCUCUAAAGAAACCUACAACAAAAUCAACAGUUCAAACAGUAUUAAAACAAUGCUAUAAAUACGAAACCAAUCGAGAUAAAAUGCUCUUUAGAAAUUGGCACUACCAGCAGAGAAAUCGUGCAAAUUAUAAUAUGUUGCUUGGAGUACUCUUCACAUUAUUGUUGUGCCUCAAUUGCUCAACGCAAGCGAUACUCAUGCAGGAGCAGGAUGGAGUUGGAGUAGUAGUAGAUGCUCCGGGUAGUGCCCUAAACAAUACGGGUUAUCGAAAUGGGGCAAUUAUCAAGGCAGCAAAUGCGACAACAGGUUUGAUUGGCAGCAGCUCCUCCUCCUCAUCAUCAUCAUCUGUGGCAGCUCGGCAAGCAGCGGUUAUCUGGAUAAACUAG